AUGGACGAAUGCUUACAGACGGGCGCUCUGUAUGCUAUACACAUCGCUUAUAGCAAAAAGUACCAGUCUCUGGUCACUUUCCCGAACAUCGACGGCUUCAACAUCGUGAACAAUGACGAAUCAUGGACAAAAGAAGGAAUUAGUGUCUAUGCCGUCACACGCGUGUCAGCUGCUCUGGUACAGCGCGAUUUCGAUGCGGUGUGGAUACCGAUACUUGCAAGCAAGCAGGUCUCCCUCGACGUUCUUCCGGAUAUUGUACGGACCACCAGCAUUCACAGCGAACAAACCAAGGAGGGAUUUAUUACCCUUGAACGUCAAUCAUUGCCCCUUUUUCUUCGGAAGGACGCUGUUCUCUAUGCUUAUGAAUUUCAAUUGACAGGCGGAAACCUGGCCGGAAUCAACUACGACUACGGCGUACAUUCUUCCAUUCAUUUAUUAUGUGCUUCUGAUGGUAUAUUUCAUCUCGACUGGCGGCCCUCGCGGGUCAGUUCUACUAUCUAUAUUCCCGCAGCGAAUUUAUCCCAUUCCCACAGUCCCGGGCCCGAAGUUAGCUUCGACCAACGUGUCAUCUGCGCUGCGCCAUUUAUUGGAUCCUGCAUGCGCUAUUUGGAUGCGGUUUCAGAUGACGCAAACAGCUAUAAAUACGAUCCUAUAUAA